CAUCGUUCUUCUCUACGAAUUGAAAAUAUACUUUUGCAAACCCUACACACUGUAUGUGUUGCUCUUCGCCACCAUAUUGAUCUUCCCUCUUCUGAAUUGGACUUAUUUUGGUCAGUUUGUUUAAACCCUUCAAAGCAUGUACAGGGUUUACAUUCUGAAAAUCUGGAAGACACUAUUUCUUCUUCUCCAGCUCAUGUGUCCCAUUUUUCUGCUGAUGAAAUCCAUUCCCUUUGUGACCUUCUUGUAAACUAUGUUCAUAGAGAUGGAAGUUUACUUUGGCUUUCGCGAGAUUCGCUUCUUCUCCUUGUAGCGUCUUCAUCAUCCAAUGAAGGCGCUGGUUAUCACAUUGCAAAUAAUUCUAAUUUGUGCGAGGUAUUAGCUACCGAUAUGGUCGUUCUUUUUACUGACAUUCCACGUCAACUUAUUGAUGGUAACUCAAUUGAUGAUUGGCCGAAGCUCCUCUCUGAAGUUGAUGUUCAAAUGCUUAAAGAUCAUCCCCUUGAUAAGUUUCUUGAUCAUUAUGAGUUUUGCUGUUCAAUUAUGGAUUUGUCGAACUACAUGGUGAAAGAAAACAUGCUAACUUGCCUCUACAAAGGUUUUUUACUUCCCGUGAUUGGUCCCGAAAUUCAAUCAGUCUCCAGACCCGAGUUGGCCACCGCAACGAUGUACUUGGAGCAAAUUCUUCUCAAAUCUAAAGAAAGUAAACUGUUACCAUUUCUCCUUCGAUUUCUCUUUUCGGAUCGCAAUGCAACUCAUUCUGAUGUAUUCGCUUCGCAUUCCUUCAAGCAUGAAAUUACUCAAGCUCUUGAGCAAUCAUUUCCCCUCUCUGAGUUCUCAUCUUUUCUCGGAAGUAAUGGAUUUGUACCUGCGGCUAAUGGAAAUUCUUACAUGGAUUUAUUUCUCAGACGAAUCGAGGCCUCGAACACUCUGGCUGGUAUUGCGACACUUUCACUGAUGAACACAAUUCUUGAUCUCCUUUGUGAGGAUGUUAUGUUUGAACUUAUUCUCAAAUACCUCCUUUCGGAGCCACACACAGAGGUGGGACAGCUCGUCACAAAUCCAUCUAGUCUUAUAUCUUCAUCUGGAAAGUAUUUGGCUCUCAUUCCACCCUACUCCUCCCCUUCCUUAAGGCCCAACAAUGCGUCUGAAGCCAUUCGCUGGGAAAGCAGCCAAAAUGGCGAUCUUUCCUCCUUUAGAAUCAAUCAAUCCACCAUGGCGAACUUGGUUACUGAGUCCGAUUUGGAGGUGAUUGAAUGUCAACGGUUGCGAAAUAACCGCAUGCAAAACUGUUUGUUGGAAGUGCGCAAACUCAUUGCUGAGCGCAAAGCCGCAUGCGGUGAUUGGCGCUUUCCCUAUGACCUUGGAAAUCCUUCACCCUCUAUUGUUCCUUUUGCUCAUAUAAAUGGGAAUCUGCUGGGACCAUUACCUCAAAGUGGACUUCAAAAUAUAAGGGCGUGUGAUACUACUGUUAACCCUUCGGGAAACGUUUCCUCAAGCACUGAUCGAAACCAGUGGGAGUUUGAUGGAUUUACUCAAAUGGCAACCGAAGAUGAUUCCAUUCUUGCUGACCUGGAACGUUUUAGUGCCCUUUUGAGGGCACCGACAGUCUCUACUCCUUCUUUCACUCGGAAAGUAGGGGCUAACAACUGUAAACUCACCUCAGGAAAAAGGCGUCGACUGCAUCGACAGAGGGUGAAAAAAGAAAGCACUCAUUUGGAAGACAUCAAACGCACUUCCUCACUUUAUGAUAUCACUUACGUUGAUAUAGACUCCGAUGAGUUUGCAGAGAGUGGCGAAAAUUCUCUUCACCCCCAAGCCGACAGAAUGAUCCAAUCAACACUCAUACGUCGUGUCUCGAUAUCUUCAACUAACUCAGCAACAUCUCAACAAUCUAUGGAACUCAGUCUCACCGAAUCAUCGGAGAAAAUUCCCCCAGGAUUGGAAGAGAUUACUAGGAAAGGAGGAGUUUCAGACUUAAUGAUAUAUUUGGAUCGAAUUCCUGGAGAAAAUUGUGUAUAUACCAAGUCAGUUGAGAGUAGAUUUGAGGCUUUUAUGCGAAAAUUUGAUGAAAAGAAUCAGGAGUUAGAACUUAGUGGAAAUUGCAGUGAAUUCAAAGGCGGAGAUGUUCUUAGAGGGGUUGAUUCAGGAUUUGCAAGUGUCGAUUCUGCACUCAUGAAGACUUCGUCGUCUGGCUUGAAAAGUUUGUCAAAUGAAGCAGUGUCCUUCUAUCCAGGUCCUUUUCUAACAGCCAUCCUCAAGUUAGUGAACGAGAUGCCAUCAAAUUAUCUCUAUACUAAUCUCCAGGUUACACGUCUAGUCACUCACCUUAUGGCCCUUCCGCUUUCCAUCGUGCGUCUACAGUUGCUGCCUCUUUCAUCACAGGAAACUCAUAGUCCAAAUGCCUAUCCAAAUCUCUACACAACUCUCAAGGCUGUACGACAGCGAUUUGACUGCUACGUCAAUCUCCACUUCUCUGUUCCACUGAAUCCUUCCACAGAGAGUGCAGUCACUUUCGCUAGUUUAGUUGAGGGCCUUCGGAAGACUGUGUUUCCUCAAGGAAAGAAUCAGGCGGUGUCUCAUGCUUACAGGCCGUCUGUUAUGAAAUCUUCAAAGCGUCUCUCCUGGCUUAUAUCGCGCCUUCGGUUGAGUUCCCUCAAAAGCGCUCUCACCCCAUCUCUUUCAUCUCAAUCUUCUACAGGAUCAUCACCGACCCGAGCUAGUGGUAAAAUAAAUUGUGACCACGAAUGGCGAACACUAGCAAUGCAUCACCUUGGUGGAAUCGCUUCGAGUUCGAGCUCAAACCUCGUUCCGCUAAAAACUGUAAAGGAUGAAAAGUCAGGAAAUAUUAUAAUGGCACUCUUUGUCUUUGAGGAGUUCUGCCGUGAACUUUCAGCUCUAUGUCUAGAACAUAGUGUCGCUCUGUAG